AUGAAUUCCGGACAGAAACCGAUCGAAGAACCAAUGGUCGAGAAGGUGUUCGAACCGAGAAACGAGGACGCCGAGGAGAAAGAAGAGGAAGAGGGUGAAGUUUUGCUGAACGGACAGAACAGCGUGGAACCAAUCGAUUGGGACAAAUUUACUAAUCAGCCGGUAGUUGGAGAAACAACUACCGGUGAAGAUCUAUAUUUUAAAAGUUGGGCUCAAAUCAAGGCCGCGUUGCAACACUACAAUCUGCGAUCAGACGACUUAGUUGAUAAAGCAGAAUUGGCCGAUCGUUUGAUUGAUUUCGAAACGAGACAGCAACAUGUGGAUAACCGUUUCAUCAUUACGGAAGAAGAACGGCGCGCGGUUGCUGCUGAUUUUAUUCCAAUCAGUCGAAUAAAGUUGGAAUCCUCGAUCGCUCAUCUAACCGCGCCGUGUUUACGUCAAUUACUUGUCACACAUCCGAAGAAUGUUGGCGUUGAACUGUCCCGGGAACAAUUGAUCUAUCAAGUCAAACGUCAAUGGAAGAAAUAUCACAGUGAGUUAUUUAGAAGCCGACACCCCCCCCGUCCCCAGCCCGCACCAAAGAGCUGUUCCAUUAUCGAUUGCGAACAGUCCAAAUGCAGGUCCGGGUGGAUCGGGAUGACUUGA